GGUGGCGGUAGUGCACCUUUACGUUGGUUGUACAGAAGAAGAAGAAACCCGGAAGCUGCUAGCAGCGCUAGCUUGUUGUUGUUCUGGUGUGUGAGGUGAAUGAAUAUUUGAGUCUCUGGGAGAGUUGAUCGGCUAAAGCGACUAACUGCUGCUGCUGCAGAAAUCUUCUCACCAGGCUGUGGAAACUUUCUUCUCCUCCUCAACAACUUGGUGGACUUCUUUCCAGAACCAGAGAAGAUAUUCUGCGGUCUUCGUGACAAUCGGAGCUCCAGAAGCAGCUGUUAGCUAAACACGGCUAAAGAAAACCUGCUACCACUUAAGGAUCAUCCAUCAGCUGGGACUGCUUCAUCAGCAUGGACACAGAUGUUCUCCAGAUGGUUAAAGAAGAAGCUCCUGAAGAUCAGAGUGCUGGUGUGGACCAGCAGCACCCAGAACAGUUCCACAUAAAGGAGGAACAGGAGGAACUCUGGACCAGUCUGGAAGGAGAGCAGCUCCUUUUGAAGAAGGAGACUAAUUCUGCCAGGUUUCCAUUCAUAUCAGGUUCUAUAAAAAGUGAGGAUGAUGAAGACAAACCUCUGGUCUUACAUCUUCUUUAUCAGCAGCAAAUAGAGGACAGAGAUGUUCCAACCAACAGCUCAGCUGACCAGACAACAGCAGAAACUGGCAGAGAAGCAGAAUCUAGCAGGAACCCAGUUCUGAACCCCGAUGAACACAUAUCUGAUUCUUCAGAGACUGAAGUUAGUGGAGAUGAUGUGAAUCUAAAUGUUGAGCUAUUAGACUCUAGUUCUGAAACUGGAGAUGGAGACACUGACUGCAAUGAUAGCAGGUCUUCUGAGUCAGAUAUUAAGACUGUCAACAAAUCCUUUUGCUGCCUCGAGUGUGGUAAAGAGUUUCUCCACAAGUGGUCUCUCCAGAGACAUGAAAGAGUGACGAGCCAUUCAGCAAUAAGAUCUUCAGGAUGUGUGGUUAAUAAGAAAAAUGUUAGAGUAAAGCAACAUGUAGACUUUUGCAGGAAAGUCCAGAAUGAACCAAAAACAUUUAGUUGUGACAUUUGUCACAAUCAUAAUAAAAGUUUAAACAGACACAUGAGAGUCCACACAAGAGAGAAACCCUUUGCCUGUGAGCUCUGUGAACAAAGAUUUAGUCGUAAAUUCACAUUAAACCGUCACUUGAGAGUCCACACAGGACAGAAACCGUUUGCGUGUGAGCUCUGUGAACAAAGAUUUAGUCGUAAAUUCACAUUAAACCGUCACAUGAGAGUCCACACUGGACAGAAACUGUUUGCGUGUGAACUCUGUGGAAAAAGCUUUACUCUAAAGGAAAAUUUGAACUCUCACAUGAGAGUCCACACAGGACAGAAACCCUUUGUGUGUGAGCUCUGUGAACAAAGAUUUAGUCAAAAAUCAAUAUUGAACACUCACAUGAGAGUCCACACAGGACAGAAACCAUUUGCGUGUGAACUCUGUGGAAAAAGCUUUACUCUAAAGGGAAAUUUGAACACUCACAUGAGAGUCCACACAGGACAAAAACCCUUUGUGUGUGAGCUCUGUGGACAAAGAUUUAGUUUUAAGCAAACAUUAAACACUCACAUGAGAAUCCACACAAGAGAGAAACCCUUUGUGUGUGAGCUCUGUGAACAAAGAUUUAGGCAAAAAUCAACAUUAAACAGUCACAUGAGAAUCCACACAGGACAGAAACCGUUUGCGUGUGAACUCUGUGGAAAAAGCUUUACUCUAAAGACACAUUUGAACACUCACAUGAGAGUCCACACAGGACAGAAACCGUUUGUGUGUGAACUCUGUGGGAAAAGCUUUAAUCGAAGGACAAAUUUGAACACUCAUAUGAGAGUCCACACACGACGGAAACUCUUUGCCUGUGAGUUAUGUGGACAAAGAUUUAGCUAUAAGAAAAACUUAAACAGUCACAUGAGAGUCCACACAGGACAGAAACUCUUUGCCUGUGAGUUAUGUGGACAAAGAUUUAGCCAUAAGAAAAACUUAAACAGUCACAUGAGAGUCCACAAAGGACAUUACAAAUAAAUUUAAAGUGCACUUUUACUGAUAAACGUAUAAGUACGUGACUAAAAAUGCUGUAGACAAGUGAGGUCAUUAUUUUGGCAUUUUUGUGCAUCUUAUGUAACCCUCCCACUUUCCCUUGAGGUCCAUGAGGCAGGGGUGAGGAGUGAGCACCACCUCACCCCUGCCACGUGGACCUCAAGGGAUGAACCAUCAACCCUGCUCAAUGGUCACCUUUCCUCGCGGGGUCACCCAUUAGGACAGUGGGAGGGUUAGAAUGUAAACAUUCAGCUUGAAACUGCUCAUUCUCCUCUGACCUCUAGCAUCAACAAGGCAUAUUCGCCCACAGGACUGCCGCAUACUGGAUGUUUUUCCCUUUUCACACCGUUCUUUGUAAACCCUAGAAAUGGUUGUGUGUCCAGACACACAGGAAAAGUAAAGGAAUCCUAUACCUGGAACACAUAAAUAAAGGAUUGGGCUUCAUCCCAUUUAAUAGAAUAGUCUCCCAAUUUGGAAUAGAUAAGAAUAGCUUUUUAGAAUAUCACCAAAUUAAAUCAAUAGUUAAACAAAAAUGUAAGUGUAAUAAGUAGAAUUACAAACACCACCAAGGGUACUAGACUUCUGUAAUCUCAAACACCCCAAACUACAGUCCAAAAUUUAUAAGACACUGUCCAAAAUAGAUGAUAGAAUAGCAAUCCCUAUUGAAAAAUGGGAGGUGGGUCUAUCAAUCAGCUUUGACCAGAACUUCUGGUCCCAAACUUGUUUAAAAACUUUUAAAAUGAUCAGACACCCCAAUUUACAAUUAAUUCAAUUCAAAAUGCUGCAGAGUACACUAUACAGGUCAUCGGAUGUUCAGGAUGGGGUUUGUGUCGUCUGACACCUGUACACACUGCACACACAACAUUCCUGACAAUUACAUCCAUGCACUGUGGUCCUGUCCACCUGUCCAGGAAUUUCGAGGUAGAGUAUGUGAAGAUCUGUCAAAUUGUCUGAAAUGUCAUAUCCCAACUUCCCCCUCUCUUUGUUUGCUGGGAAACCUGGACGAUGUCCCGAUUGAAACAUCUUUGGUUCACGUGGUUCUGACUGCCAUAUGCAUCGCUAAGAAAACUAUCCUCACGAACUGGAAAAAUAAAGAUACUCUUUGCAUUAACCAGUAUAGAAAUAUUUUGUUGGAUCACAUUAUACUUGAUAUAGCCUCUGCUUCCACCUCAAAUCAAUCUCUCUGGGCUCUUUUGAUCACAUAGCAGUGAUGGGGGGUCAUUGAUAUUGUCCUGCGGGAUGAUGUGGGUGAUAGGGUGGAGGGUUUGAGUUUGGAGUGGGUCUGGGGCUGAGGGGCUGCUGCCCUGCUCUGGAGGUGCUUGGGUUGCCUCAGGGGGUGGACUACUAGCGGUUGUGAGUGGGGCCCCUUGUGGCAUCUUGGCGGUGGCCGUGGUUUGCUGCCUGGUGGCUGCAUUGCUCCUGAGUGAGUCUGGGUGGGGGCGACCCCGUGUGGGGAUCUGGGCGGGGCCGUGGGUCCUGAGUGUGGGGCAUUUUGGGAACAGAGGUGCCUAUUCAGGCGUGGGAAUGAACUGCACAACCAACUGGCCAGCUGGGCCGAUGGGUCAGAAAAGUUACCGGCCCCGCUGAGAAUCUACCGGCCCAGCAGGUCAUCUGCUAAGAUGAGUAAAAAUCACUGAAAAAGACAACAAAAACAAAAUAAAAAUGGAAAGGUGAGUUUUUUCAAACAGACAUUUUAAGAAAAAAAAAAAAGAAAAUAAUGAAAGAAGCAAAAGAUGGCAGCUAAAAAUACUAAAGAAUUUUUUUAAGAUUUAAAAAAUGCUGAUGACUUACUAUGCAAAUCACAAAUGGCUGCUUCCUACAGGGCUUUGCUCUUUCUUUUUAUUAUGUAGAAGUGCAACAUUUUCUGUUCAAUUUGAGACUUGCUAUAAACGCAGGAGUUACAAGAGUUGGCAGGAGUAUUGGAGCAGGUGUAGCGCCCAGCAAUGGUCAGUUUAGGUACAGCCUGACCUUUUACCAUCUAUUCAACAUCUGGUCAGAAAGAAGACACAACAUUGCAGGACUUUGUUUUAUGAGGCUAUGGCUAUUGUUAAUAGUCGUCCCUUAACUGUUUACAACAUUAACGAACCUAACGUACCUGAACCACUCACUCCUUAUCGUCUUAUCCUUAUGAAGUCUAAAAUCGCUUUACCACCACCUGGAACUUUUUUCAAAGAAGACGUGUAUGCACUUCAAAGGUGGCGUGGAGUACAGUUUCUUGUAGAACAAUUCUGGAGCAGAUGGAAAAGAGAAUAUCUCAGUAACCUCUCUCAGACAAAAAUGGCACAAACUGCGCCGCAAUGUAAAGGUGGAUGACAUAGUCCUUGUUAAAGAUGAUGUACUUCCAAGAUGUCAGUGGCAACUGGGUCGUGUGAUUGGCACUGCAGAGGGAAAAGACGGAAUAGUCCGAAGAGUUAAGGUUCAGAUGGGAAACCGAGGUCUGAAUGAUAGACAGAACCGUGUGUCCGUUCUUGAACGUCCUGUACAAAAACUGGUUGUGUUAGUUGAGAGUUAAGUUUUUGCUUUUUGUUUUUAAUUAGGAAGUAAAAUACAGUACUGUUAACUGCCAUUUGUCUACUUUAAAAUCAUGUGAAGUAUUUUUUGCAUAAAUCAUGAUUUGGUGGGAGUGUAAAUGGGCUGCGAGCAGGUGGAUUGUCAACGUCACUCAUUCAAUUGCAUAUAAGUGCGCGUUAACCCGGAUGUGGACGUGGCGUUGGCAUUCCACCUGGCUUGGCGUGUUGCAGCAGACCAAACUUCCACGUAAGUGCGGGUAUUUUGACUAAAAUUGAUUAAAUAAGAACGUGUCGCCCUAACAAAUGCUUGUACAUUUAGUCUAUGGUCUUGCUGUGCCAAGCCUCUACGUGACAUUACUUUGAUUGCACCCCAUGGCAAGAGGAGCAAGGUAUUUGUUCUUUGUUUCUGUUUGUUGCUCCUGAUUGUCAGCGAUUGUCUUUAAUUUGUUUGUAAAUUAUGUAUUUUCAGUUUUCACGGUGUUUGCACAGUGACCGGCACCAGGUGCUCGGUGCGAUUCUGGGAAUGAGAUGUGUGCAUCUACAGCCUGACGCAAAUAAAAAGUUACACCCGU